UGCUAUAUGAUAUCAAAUCAAAAUAAACCAGAGUUUCUUGUUCGUAAUAAUGAAACUUCACAGUCUCCUAAACUGUGCAAGAAUUACGCUGGUUGCCUGACGUGCGGAACCAAAUAGAAUGAGCUUGUUCCCACCCGGUUGACAUUUAUUGAGGUACCCCAUUAAAAUGUACGCUCUUUAGUAAAACGUGGAAUUUUACGUACAGGAUAAACACAGAAAGAUGUCAGCACCUCUGGUGGAGAAAACUCCACCCGCGAACUGGAUCCUGCAGCACCCCGCGUACCGGCAGAUGGAAGCUCUGGAGCCCGCAGACAGAGCGCAGCUGCACGCUGCUUUUCUGGUCUACAUGGAUCUGACUGAGGUGCGUCGCUGGACGGAGGUGUCGUGCAUGAAGAGUCCAGAACUGCGAGUGAUUUUGUUGGAAGGGAAGGAGAAGGAUGGAGCCCCUGUUCACACCAUCCUCCCCCUGCCUGCCCACCAGUCCCUGAGCCACAGCAGCAUCUGCAGCGUGCUGGACAGGGGCUUCCCCGUGCUUCUGUGCGCCGUGGCUUCAGAUUCCACCCUGGUGUAUCAGAGGCUGACGGACGGGCUGGUGACCCCGGACCCCCCUGUGGGGCCCUUUCAGGAUUUGGAUCGGCGGCAGCAUCGGAAGAGGCGGCAGCACAGCGUCCAGCAGCAUAGAGAGAAGACGAGGAGCAAAAGCUGAUGCUUCUACACGUGUGAUCGGUCAUUUUAUGCACAAAGAAGUUGUGCUCUUCUUAAGGGCUCUUCCACGCCUUCAAGAUAUGUUUUCAAUCUGACCUGAUGGGCUCAUUUCAGAGCACAUCUAAAUAUCUGGAACGUCCCGUGUGCUCUGCAUCGAUCACUAAAAUGCUGAGCUAAAACAAACUUAUCUCCUACAGAGCAGCUGUGUCAGUGAACGCAUCUUCACUGGCCUGUUUGUGAAGCCUGCCAGUCACUUGUGUUGCCAUGGCGCUGGUUUUCCAGGGUUCUGAUUGGCAGAAAGCUUCGGAGAUCAACCUGUUUCAGUUUUUGGAGAGUCGAAUGUUGGCAAUUCUGGUACCUGAUGAUUGUUUGGAAUUCAUCUACAAACUGUUAAAGAUGAGUAAUAAACAGUCUUUUAAAUGUAAUUUAAUUUUGUCUCCCUAACAUCUGUAAAUAGGAGAGACAUCCUGCAAACUUAACGGCAGAAAGUCCAGAAAACCCAAUAAAGCUGUACGUUAACCUCUUA